AUGGCGCCAUACGAACCACGGACCGGAUCCCUCCCGGGUUCUGGACCAAUCCUCACCAAAGUGAGCCGCUUCAUCAAGAAACUUCAAACAUAUCUCCAAUUCCGCUCGGCAAGUUUGCCAAAUGAGAAGAGCCUAGCAUAUUCAACAGCGUCUGCCGAGGAUGAAGUUAGCAACGUCUCCAGCGAACUAGAAGAAGAACCUCUCUGGCGCCAUCCCUCACCGCAGACCAGUCAGAUGUGGGAGUUUCUGAUGAAAAUAAACACCAAGUAUGGGAAGCGCUUUACGACAUACAAAGAACUACACGCCUGGAGUACAGAACACAUUUCCGACUUUUGGCGCGAGACCUGGGACUACUGUGGUAUUCGACACUCACAAUCAUAUGGAGAAGUUAUAGAUGAUGCGUCACGCAUGUGGCCAAGGCCAACAUGGUUCAAAGAUGCACGACUGAACUUUGCUGAAAAUCUGUUAUUUCCCAUCCAACCCGUUUCCGAGGAUGAUGUUGCUGUGAUCAGCGUCACGGAAACGAAACGGGAAAGGCUUACAUGGAAACAACUCCGAGAACAAGUACGCCAGUGCCAAGCAGCCAUGAAGGCAAUGGGAUUGAAGCCAGGAGACAGAGUAGCAGGCUACGUUGCGAACCACAGCAGCGCGUUGGUGGCCAUGUUGGCCACGACCUCCCUCGGGGCGAUCUGGACGGCGGUCAGUCCCGACACUGGAGUCGGCGCAACGUUGGAUCGCCUGGUUCAGAUCGAGCCUCACUUACUGUUUGCCGACAACGCAGUUGCUUACAAUGGGAAGGUGUACCCCGUUUUGCCCAAGUUGCCUGAGAUUAUUCGCUCCCUGCCGACGCUGGCGGCUGCCGUCGUCCUGCGGACUUGGCAUCAACAAGAAGAGAUUGAUUACGCCGGGCUCAACACCAAUGUACUUGAAUUCGACGUAUUCGUAUCCAGGGGCGAUGCAUCUUCUAGCAUGGAGUUUGCGCAAAUGCCAGCAGAGCAUCCCGUCUUUAUACUGUACAGCUCCGGUACAACCGGCGCACCAAAGUGCAUUGUCCACGGCGCGAUUGGCACCCUUCUACAGCAUAAGAAGGAGCACAUUAUCCAGAGUGAUAUCCGGCCAGGGGACCGCCUCUUGUACAUCACGACAUGUAUGUGGAUGAUGUGGCACUGGUGUGUGUCGGGCCUGGCGUCCGGCGCUACAGUCGUCUUAUACAAUGGUUCGCCAUUCUACCAUGUUAACAACGGCGAGGCAGUCAAAGAUGAAUUGGCCAUGGCCAAGAUUAUAGAUGAGUUGGGCAUUACCCAGUUUGGUGCGAGCGCCAAGUUCUUCUCCAUGCUGCAGCAAAACCGGCUCAUGCCCAGAAACCACGGCUUGAACUUGAAUACGCUGAAGGCAAUUUACUCAACCGGGUCGCCGCUCGCGCCAUCGACAUUCAGAUAUAUAUACGAGGCGUUUGGAAGCGUGAAUCUGGGGUCGAUAUCCGGCGGCACGGACAUCAUAUCGGAUUUCGGCACGCCAUCGCCGCUUUGUCCCGUCUACGCUGGAGAGAUCCAAGUCACCGCUCUUGGGUUGGCGGUUCAGUCGUGGGGGCCCGAUGGCAAGGAUCUUACUGGCUCUGGAGAGCCGGGCGAACUUGUUUGUGUGAAGCCAUUUCCCUCACAGCCUGUUCAAUUCUGGGGACCAAACGGGGAAUCGAAAUACAAGGCGUCGUAUUUUGAAAGAUUCCCCGGCGUAUGGGCCCACGGCGAUUUCAUUAGGAUAAAUCCUCGUACAGGAGGGCUUGUCAUGCUGGGCCGAUCAGAUGGAGUCCUGAACCCAAGCGGUGUGCGUUUCGGGAGUGCGGAAAUCUACAAUUUGAUCAUAAAGAAAUUUCCGGAAACGGUGGAGGAUUCGCUGUGUAUCGGACGCCGCAGAGACGGAGACAUGGACGAAACGGUUAUUCUGUUCUUGAAGAUGCGGCAGGGCAAUAUGUUUAGCCAAGAAGUCGUCACAGCAGUCAGGGAAGCUAUCCGAGAGCAGCUUUCUCCCCGGCAUGUUCCGGCCAUUGUAGAUGAGUGCCCGGACAUUCCUGUUACGGCGAAUGGAAAGAAGAUUGAAGUGUUGGUCAAGAAGAUUAUGAGCGGGCUCGAAACAGGGCUUGCCGGAGGGUCGGGGGCCGUGAAUGAGGAUUGUCUGGUCUGGUACAAGGAGUGGGCAAAGCGGCAUUGA